GGCUCCGCCGGCCGGGGGUGCUGAUCCGGCGCCGCGUCCCCCUCCCGUCCCUCCCCGCCCAUGGGCGAGACAUGGACUACGAGUUCAAGUCGAAGCUGGCGGCCGAGCGCGAGCGGGUGGAGGAUCUGUUCGAGUACGAGGGCUGCAAAGUGGGUAGAGGCACCUACGGGCACGUCUACAAGGCCCGCCGCAAGGACGGAAAAGAUGAAAAGGAGUAUGCACUGAAGCAAAUUGAAGGUACAGGGAUAUCCAUGUCGGCCUGUAGAGAGAUUGCACUUUUACGAGAGUUGAAGCACCCUAAUGUGAUUGCAUUACAGAAGGUUUUCCUUUCUCACAGUGACAGAAAGGUUUGGCUGCUGUUUGAUUAUGCUGAGCAUGACUUGUGGCAUAUAAUCAAGUUUCACCGUGCCUCAAAAGCAAAUAAAAAGCCCAUGCAAUUGCCAAGAUCUAUGGUUAAAUCACUACUCUACCAGAUCCUUGAUGGAAUCCAUUACCUCCAUGCGAACUGGGUGCUUCAUAGAGAUCUGAAACCAGCAAACAUCCUGGUAAUGGGAGAAGGUCCUGAAAGAGGAAGAGUCAAAAUAGCUGAUAUGGGCUUUGCCAGAUUGUUCAAUUCACCUUUGAAGCCGUUGGCAGACUUGGAUCCAGUUGUGGUGACAUUCUGGUACAGAGCUCCAGAGCUGCUACUUGGAGCCAGACAUUACACAAAGGCUAUUGAUAUUUGGGCAAUUGGCUGCAUAUUUGCUGAGCUGUUGACUUCAGAACCUAUAUUUCACUGUCGUCAGGAGGACAUCAAAACAAGUAAUCCUUUCCAUCACGAUCAGCUGGAUCGCAUUUUCAGUGUAAUGGGAUUCCCUGCAGAUAAAGACUGGGAAGACAUAAGAAAGAUGCCAGAAUAUCCAACUCUUCAAAAAGAUUUCAGGAGAACAACGUAUGCCAAUAGUAGCCUCAUAAAAUACAUGGAGAAACACAAAGUCAAGCCUGACAGCAAAGUCUUUCUUUUGCUUCAGAAACUUCUUACUAUGGAUCCUACAAAGAGAAUUACCUCAGAGCAGGCUUUGCAGGACCCUUAUUUUCAAGAGGAUCCUCUGCCUACAUCAGAUGUGUUUGCUGGCUGCCAGAUUCCAUAUCCCAAACGAGAAUUCCUCAAUGAAGAUGAACCUGAAGAGAAAGGGGAUAAGAAUCAGCAGCAGCAGAACCAACAUCAGCAGCAAACAGCACCUCAGCAGCAGCCGCAGGCCGCGCCGCAGCAACCGCAGCAGCAGCAGCAGAACAGCACCCAAACCAAUGGGACGGCUGGGGGCACGGGUGCGGGCGGAGGGGGUGCGGGUGCAGGACUCCAGCACAGCCAGGACUCCAGCCUCAACCAGGUGCCUCCAAACAAGAAACCACGCAUAGGGCCUUCAGGCGCUAACUCAGGCGGGCCUGUCAUGCCUUCAGAUUAUCAGCACUCCAGCUCACGCCUGAGUUACCAAAGCAACAUUCAGGGAUCUUCUCAGUCCCAGAGUACAAUGGGCUAUUCCACAUCAUCUCAGCAGAGCUCUCAGUAUCACCAGUCUCACCAGUCUCACAGGUACUGAGAGGCUUAACAGACUGCACUCAAAAGGAAUGGACUAAAAGCCAGAAGUCUCCAGCAAUAUGAAGUUUGUGAUGAUGAGAAGAACCAAAAAUACGAACUAUGAUGCAGAACUGAAAUUCUCAAUUGCAAAAGGAAAACUUUACUUACUGAAGACUUUUUUUUUUUUCCUGCCCCUUUAUUGCCAUAAAGGAGAUUUUUGUGAAGUUUUCCUUCCUCCCUGCCCUUGCAUGUGCUCUAUUGUGGUUACUCUAAUGAACCCUUCUGAUCUGAACCCAGCACUUAACUUCUUUAACCUUUGGAAUUUUGAAGGAUUCCUGGUGCACCUUCCUUUAUGCUGUAGUGAUUGCCAUAAAUCUGUCUUUUCAAUCUCUUUGAUGGGAUUUUAAAGUUUUAAAAUCUUGAACUCCCAGGCUUUCAAGCUUGUAUAUAGUUAGUUUUAUACUAGGCAAACCAGUUUAGCUAUACAGGUAUAUUGCACCUUUUUAAAGCACUAUGUUAUUUUCACAGGAUAUUACUGUUUUGCUCAUGGAUGUCAAGAACAGCAAAGUUUUACUGUUCCAGAGUAUUUUACUAUUCUGUUUUUAUUAGUCUAGUUUUCAGGCGAGGUCUUAAAAAGAAAAAGAAAAGAAAAAGAAAAAAAGAAAAAGGAAAAAAGAAAAAAAUGACCCAAGUCUCUGCAGCAGCAAAUACGCUUCAUGCUACUGGACUGAACUCCAGACAGAAGAUUGCUGAUAUUAUUUAACUCAUUCACAUUGAAUUCUUGAAAUCACAGUGAUCGUGCUCUGACUAGUUUUAAAUUAAGUGUUGUUUUAAAUGGAACAAUGACUGUCACAUAAAAAGGAGAUGCUUUCAGGAUUUGUUGGAACAGAAAAAUGGAAUGUCUUCCCAGGCUGGACACCAAAAUAGUUGAGAAAACAUUUUUACUGCCCUCAAGUUUCAGGAGGAAUGUGGAUGAUGGCUUGUUUUUCUGUUAAGCAGCUGAUUAAUGUAUGUGAGAGUUCUAUAAAUGUAGCUUCUCUUUCACAUUCCUGAGUAUGACAGAAAUACUGAGACUUAUAAAAGCGAAUACGUUUAGUCAAUUUUUGUUAGAUUGAUAAUUAAGAGAAAUUAUUGUGCAGUUUGAAAAGCAUGUUGAAAAUUCUUCCUUUUUCAUGUCGGUGAUGCAUAUUCUAUGUCCCUCACAUUGCUGUGAUUAACCCAGAUUAGUUACACCAGAUGCGCUUGAUUGCACUGAAAUGUUUCUUUUUCCCUAGAGCAAACAUGUUUUGAUUGUGCCUAAGGACUGUAAGUGGAUGGGUAGCUGGCAGAAAAUCCCCAGUAAAUAAGCAGCUUUCAGAAGCGUGAUCAGAGAAUCAUUGUCCAACUUCAGCAACCACAGUUAUUCAGAGAGAAGCAACAUAUAAUUUGGGACAGCUUCGUUUUUCCUUCAGCCAUCAGAAAUAAGGAGGUCUUGUUGCAGAAAACCUGGAAAAACCAUUAAUGCUGUUCGAAAGCUGCCGACGGUGUAACAUCAGCGAGCUUCUGAAGUUGGUGUCCAGAGGUGUAAUCAGAGGAGUUUAUAUGUGAAUAGUCGGUGUUACAACCACUUACACUGUGUUCUCUUCUGUAAAUAUUGCAGUACUUACCUGCACGCAUUCACAUUGAAGUUGUGCUCAUACCUAGGAAGACAUGUGGGUCUGUUUGCUCUGAGGAUAAUGCUUUUUAGCACAGGAAUUUGAUUUUAUUGGGUUAUUAAAGUUGACCCAGUCAACUUUAUUGUCCCCUUCCCCCUCAAAAAUGUGUUGUUUUCAUGCCUUUAGUGAGCAGUUGGCUUGUUUGGCCAUGUCCCCAUCAUGCGACUUUGACAACACCCAGAUUCUCUGGAAAAGAGAAUAAAGUCUGCUUUUGUGAUCAGAUGGGUAAGAAGGUGGUGGAAAUGAAAUGAACCAAUUUGGAAGGAAAAAAAAAAAGCAGUUGUUUUCAGGGAAAAAUAAUCUCCCAAGAGAUACUUUUAAUGCGUAGGCCUUGAAGUGCUACACGUGUAUACCCGCCCCAGUAACCUGUUUGAGAGGACCGAUCUUAAGUAUUUUAUUUCAAUGGACCUGGGGUUCCAUUCUUUCCAUAAGAGAAACAUCCUGCCUCUUACUGAUGUUAGCAUGAAGGACCUUGAGCUGAUAGAUAUUUGGCCAAUGCUGUAAAGUAUCAUUUUUUAAUAUGUAUUUGUGACUUGAAUUACACAUUUCUGGAAAUUAACCAGUGGAAGAGUAA